CACGUACAUAACCUAUUUUAUCAUAAUUUUUGACCUGUGACGACAUUUCUGCUGUCAUUUCCACCUACAACAUAAACAUGAUCUGCUAGCCAAAACCAGAAUAGAAGAACUGCAUGAAUUUUACUGUUAUUUUAAUGAGAAAUUAGUGAUCAAGAGGUGCAACAUGAGCAACCACCAUAACAAUGGCUCGAGGGCAAGUGAGACGGAGCAGAUGGCUCCAUCUCAGUGCUUGAAGGUGUUCAUCCAGAGAGACUACAGCGAGGGAACAGUAGUCAAAUUCCAAACAAGAUUCCCACAAGAAUUGGAAGGACGGAUAAAUCGGGAAGAUUUUGAGCACACAAUAAACACACUGAAUGGACACUUCGCUGAGGCUGAGAAGGCUUCGUGCUCGACGUACUGUGAGGGCUGCUUAGCUUGCAUCACAGCUUAUCUAAUAUAUGUUUGCAAAGAGACGCAUUAUGAAAAGUGUUUGAGGAAAGUUUCCAAGUUUAUUGCUGAAGAGAAUGAGAGGAUUUAUCACCCGAAAGGUCUGAUAGUCACAGACCCUAGCCUGCGUGGCUUAAGGGUGUUAGAGAUCAGCUGCUUGGAUCGACCACCCAAUGCAUGACUCACAUUAUCCCACUCCACGCAGGAGUUCUUCAUGUGAACAAAUCCGAUACAAAUCAGUGCAUUUCUCCAUACACACUAAACAGGAAAUCUUGGCAUUUGUUUUGUUACAGAAACAAGGCUACUCAUUUUAUCAUAUCUAAGGAUAAUUUUAUACGUCAACUGAUUUUAUUAUAUUUACAACUUAUACUAUAGGUUCUUAUAUACUGUAGAUAUAUAUUAUAUAUAUAUAAAGAAUGGGUUAAACCCACUCGAGGAAGAAGCAAGGGAAAAAACUUAUAAUAAUAACGUAAAGUGGAAAUGGUGUUGGAUGUGUUAGCAUUUAGUUUAUAAACAAAAGUUACUUUAUAAGACGAAACGUUUUUCUUUUUAAAUUAUUAUUAUUGAAA